CGAUAACGUUCUCGUCACUCCUUUUAUUUUUUUUUAUUUUUUUAUUUUUUUCGAAACUGUGAACGCUCUCCUCGUAUGUGGCAGAAGCCGCAUUACGCUCAUCAUGGCGAGGAAACGCGCGACCUCGGUCGCAUCGACCAAUUCCUCGAACACCACAAAGGACCAAGAGCUUGGUAGCAUGUAUGACUAUCUCGCAAAAGUUAUCUUGAUUGGACCCAGUGGAUGCGGAAAGUCUUGCAUACUCCAUCGCUUCAUGAAGAACGAAUGUGAUACAUACAUCACCGAAUCCGGACUCUGUAUCGGUGCUAAUAGGAAAUGGUAGGGCGUGUGUUGUCCUCGCAAACCAUCGGCGUCGAGUUCGCAUCCAAGAUUGUUCGAGUUGGCACGGGUGCCAGACGAAAGAGGGUGAAGCUACAGUUGUGGGACACGGCCGGCACUGAGCGUUUCCGCUCGGUAUCUAGAUCUUACUACCGCGGAGCCGCAGGGGCUGUGCUUGUCUACGAUAUUUCGUCUAGAUCGUCCUUCAACAGCCUUUCGACGUUUCUGCACGACGCGAAGAUGCUGGCGAGUCCCCAUCUGAUCACCAUCCUGGCUGGAAACAAGGCAGACUUGACCGAAGAACAAGCUUUUGAUUCGCAGUCUUUACUCGACUCAGAGGUCGACCCCUCGAACGCUUCGGUCAAAACGAACGGAACCGCCUCUCAGACAUCGCUGCGCUCGAAAUCGUCCAGCUGGGCACUGGGAACCGCGAAAACGGCAACGGUCGCGCCAGAAGGGCGCGAAGUAUCGACUGCGGAGGCAAGCACAUGGGCGUCUCAAAAUGGCAUACCUGUGGCACUCGAGGUCUCCGCCUUGAACGGAGACAACGUCAACGAGAUUUUCGAGCGGCUGGCCCGCAUGCUGCUGACCAAAAUCGAAAUCGGUGAGAUCGACCCAGACGAUCCACAGUCUGGCAUCCAGUAUGGCGACGUGAGCGGUUACGAUGCGGACAGUGGAAGCAUAAGAAGUGGAUAUACGGACGGAUCGGGCGUGCGAAGACGAAGAAAGCGCGGCACCGGAGCAAUAAGUGAAUGGGAGGAAGUGUUCCGUCUCGAUCGACGGAGAAGGCGCGGCUGCUGUUGACACAUCCAAUCCGCCAAUGUUUUGAAGGCUUGCUUGAUUUUUUUUUUCUCCGUAAGACGAUAUCGCUAACGUGAUUCGCGCCGUAUUGUCUAGGAUGCUAGGCUUACAAGCGCAAUAUUAAAGAUAGAUACCCCCCAGAAUGUGCUUGGAUGUUACACAUACCUCCUAGAGAGGCAAUCGAUAAUAUUUAAUUACGGUCAUGUUGAUUCUCGCAUAUUCUGAUUGUCUGCUGUCUAGUUAACCUCGGAUUCAAGAAUCCUCCUGGACAAAAUUAUUGCAAGAAGCUAUGGAUAAUACCGCAUAUUCAUUCAAAAAAAA